AAUGAUAUUCUUUAAAUAAAAAAAUAAUUUUUUACUAACAAUUGAUAUUAUUAAGAUUGUAUGCUAUACUACUAUACCGAGGGUCAUUGUACAAAGAAACAGCAAGUGUUGGGUUGAAUUUAGUUAAAUUAUGAUGAAAUUUUUUUAAGGCGGGGUUUGUUUUCGUUUAAUACCCAAAAGUGUUUUUCGAAAUCUAUAUUUGGCAUAUUUGUGAGAUCUAGAAGAUUAAAAAAUAAAGAGGAGGCAUCAUGAUGGUCUCCUGGAAGAAUGCCCACAUAUAUAACUCCCUAGUCACCUAGGCGGGUGGUGGUCGGUCGGCUAGUGGUGACAUGGUAUAUUAUCACCUAGAGGCAAUGGACGGAAGCUGAUUGCCGUAUUCAGGGGGUAUCCUUGGGAUACAUACUUAUUAUUAUACCAUUGAUCUCAGCAGAAUCACUACCAUACACCCAUAAUAGAGCGCGAUGUCUGUCUGGUGUGCCUUUCAGUGAAGCUCUUGUUGUCUCCAAACACUAUGGUGGCCGAAUAUUUACAAGAAACAAUUGUUAAGCCGCCUUUUAUACAAAUUUAUAGCUCUAGGUCCGUGAAUGUCUUCACGGACCUAGAGGAUAUAACCUGGCUAGAGUUCAGAUUGUCCUGUGGCAAAAAAUACCACAAAUUACGAAUUAACUUUUACGAUUUAUUAAUUAUAAGUUAAAAUAGAAUAAACUUGUUAUGAAAAACUCAACAAUACACACAAUGGAGACUGAAUUUUUGACCCGCCUACCAGUACCCGAUAUACGGGAAGAGACAUUCCAGUAUUCCUACAAGCAGUCACAUCGGCCACCAAAACUACAACCACCGAAAUUGAAGCCACGCUACGAUUCCAAUUGUAAUCGCGACCAUACCGCCCAUGCCAUCUCAUUUCGUUCAGAUGAUGAUUGUACUGUAGACAAUUUACUAAGUUCAACUUAUAAUUGUUCCUCGAAUGAGACCUAUUUCGAACAGGUUUUUACACGUUUGGAAAAAAUUGGUGAAGGUUCGUUUGGCGAGGUGUUUAAAGUGCGUUCCAAAGAGGAUGGUCUGCAGUAUGCCAUAAAAAUGUCCAAACAGCUAUUUCGUAGUGAACUAUAUCGGCAGGAGCGUUUGGAGGAAGUGAGACGUUAUGAACAGUUUUCAGGUCAUGCCAAUUGUCUGAGAUUCUAUCGUGCCUGGGAACAAGAUGAUCGUUUGUACAUGCAAAUGGAGUUGUGUCGCGAGAGUUUAGACCGUUAUCUGGAGCGUAAACGCAGUGUGCCGGAGGAGAAAAUCUGGUCAAUUUUAUUGGAUUUACUGUUGGCUCUCAAAAGUCUACACGAUCGCAAUCUAAUACACUUGGAUAUUAAACUGGAUAAUGUUCUGAUAGGCUAUGAUGAUAGUUGCAAAUUGGCCGAUUUUGGUUUAGUCAUCGAUGUAGAUCGUGCUAAUCGUCAUCAGGCUACAGAAGGUGAUUCUCGUUAUGUGGCGCCAGAAAUAAUGCAGGGCAAUUUUUCAAAGGCUGCCGAUAUUUUUAGUCUGGGCAUUGCGAUGCUGGAGUUAUCAUGUUAUUUGGAAUUACCUUCGAAUGGUCCCUUAUGGCAGCAAUUGAGAAAUGCUGUCUUGCCUGAGGAUUUCAUUAAAACCAUAUCGCUUGAUUUGCAAAAUAUUAUAAAGGAUAUGAUGACACCUGAUCCACGGGAAAGACCAACUGUCGAUCAGCUUUUGAGUCAUAAGAAGUUGGCGUCAAUAUUACAGCGUAGAAGUCAGUGGGGGCUGGUGCAUAAAGUGAAACUCACUAUACGAAAAUCCCGACGUAUGGCCUGGUCAAAAUUGUGCAAUCUUAAAAAUAUAGUUUUUAAAUUCUUCACAUCGAUACUCUCUAUUUUGGGGAUGCAGGAAACUCCAACAACAGAUCCGGCAAUUGAUGAAGAAGGAACGAAUCUUUUAAAGACAGCAGAAAAGAAAAGACCACAAUGCAUACGUUCCCAACUAAUAUCGUCUACACCGACGGCUGCUAUAUCAAAGGCUAAGGCGAGAAUAGAUUUUCAAUUCGAUAGCGAUUGUGUGGAAUUGGCCCCAGAACAUUCCACGCCCUAUCAUAAUAAAAACAAUAAAAUUGUUAAUUCCACCCCGGUUAACCAUAAUCUGGGCAGUAGUUUUCGCAUAAGAAAUGACUCAAUAAGAAACAGUUUCAAUGAUAACGAUGGUUCUCUUUUGGAUAAAUCAAUAUUUCCUUAUGUCGAUGACUGUGAUUCGGAUUCUCAUUUAAGUCAACGUAAAACACUAGAUAUUUCUUCUUUAAGAGGGAAGAAACUAUUUUGUAAAUCUGAUGAAGAUACGGAUUAAAAUGUAUGUGCGUGUGAAAGCUCCUAAAUUUUGUUCCUAGUAUGUUUUUCAUUUUCGUUGUCAAAUCUCCUAAUUUCCUAAUUAUGUUUAAUGUUUUUAAAACCCAGUUGAAGUUGAAAAAAUAAAAAAUAUUAUGUUGUAUUUUAAAUUCAUUUAUAUUUUUCUCCUAUUUACCCUAAUUCUUUUAUAACUUUAAUGCAUUAUUAUUUUUUUUAUAAACUUUAAGAAGAUCAUGUUAAUGUUUUUUUGAGUUAAUUUAAUUAUUAUUAAUAUAAUUUGCAAUUUAUUCUAACCACUACUAUAUAAUAUAUUAAAUUGAACAUAAAAUCUCAAAAUUUGUUUUUGUUAGUUUUAGUCUAGUAUUAAGCAUUCAAAUAAUUAUAAUAAUUUAAUUGAAUAAUUCUCUAUAUAUCUCUUUAGACAUUGCAGUAGUAAAAACAAAAAUAUCUUGUAAUGUAUAUAAUAUGUGUAUGCAUAUACAAUUUUGAAUAUUAUUAUAUAGAUAUAUGUAUGUAUCAGCUAUAUAUGUGAUAUGUUAUCGAAAUAAAAAAAUAGAUAUCUAAAUGUUAAACUACUAACAGGAAUAUUAUUAUACUAUAAACUAUUAAUUAUAAACAAAUAUAAACCAUAACAGUUGAUUAAAAAAAUUCUAUUUUAAUAUAGAAUAUUUAUUAUUCCAUUUUAUUAUGAUUAGUUUAAAAAAGUUGUGUUAUUGAUUGAUGAAUCAAAGAGUUAUUUUUUAUUAUUAGUAUUUUUUAUAAA